UAUGUUUACAUUGUUUUUAGUUUAUCUUUGUAAAAUCUGUAGUCAUCUUUGUUCAUGCCUUACUAGUCAAGCUAAAGUAAGGCUAAAGUAAGUUAGCCUUGUUUACAAAGUUGCCGCCAUGUUACAAUUAACUUUCUGUAAUAGCUACUUUGUUUCUUCCAGGCGUUGAGUUUUUCUUUUCUUCUAAGAUACGUAUGUUUAUACGAGUGUGAGUACGUAUGUGUUUUAAGUUAGUUUUGGUCAGUCGAAUUAACUACAGUUACUUGUAUGGACAAUUAUGCCGCCGCCCAUGUGGUAAUGUGGUUCCAGCAGUAGGUAGCAAAAUCUACGACAAGACUGAUCAGUAUAACUUGUGUUGUUUUCUAACUAAACCGAAUGAUGAUACCAGUAACGUUAGGUUGUUUUCAUUUGUUUGUUCCGACACGCACGCUGCUAGUCUAGUUCAGAGUGUUAGCUAACACAUGCUGUUUCGCCUUUUUUACACUGUUCAAGCAUGUUGAAAUGUGUAUAGCUUCAGUACGUAGCAAAAGCUUUACAUCUAGUGUUUUCUUACAAAACUAACGUUGUAUAUAGGUUGUUUAAAUGAUUUUGUUUGUCUGAACAAGUAGCUGCUAGUCCAGCUAGCAAUUGUUAGCUAACACAUGCUGUUGUGCCUUUGUUACAGUAACUUACACACUGAGGUUAAGCAAUGUUGCUUGGUUCUGACUUAUGCAUUUGAUUUUCCUGCAUUUCAUCUGUGUAUUUUCUUUGUCUGUUUAUGGUGGAUAACUGACUUUCAUUCAUUAUUCCCUGCUCUAGAAUGUUGGCAAGAGGCGAUGAGAUAUUUGGUGCGCUUCCAAACAGGUUCUAGCGUUGAAACGACGGACGAUGACAAGAAGAGAAAGAGAAUCUCAAAUUCCAAGUACAGACCCCAGGCCUCUUCUGAUGAAGAGGAGUCUAGUCUUCCAGAUGCACCAGCAGUGCUGUCGUUUGGACAACCUCUUUUGAGCUUUGAAAACAUUGUUCCUGGUAACAAGGUUUCAGUGCUGCCCGAUGCUCCAGAAGUUGCAUCGAUUCCAGAAAACCAGGAAAAUGUUGUGCCAUCUGUAGACUUCAGAGGUGAACCAGGUUUCUCCCCAGAAAUUCAGACUCCACUUCACAGAGCCAAGAGUUUGAGUACAAGACACUUGACUGGUUACUCGCCGCAGCAGUUUCUGGAUGAAAGGUGUCGAGCUCGUCAAGUACUAAGCUUUACACCCCCAGCAGCAAAUUUACCCUGGCAGCAUAUGGGUGAAAACGCUGGAGGAGAAAGUCAUUGCUCUGUAAUUGGCCCUUGGACUCCCCUGGCAUCUCGUGUACAGCAUGAAGUUUUCAGCUAUGAAGAUUUCCAGAGACUCCAGAAUGAAAAACAAGCCGUGAUGGAGGAGAACCAAGCCCUUAGGGAGGAGAACCAAGCCCUUAGGGAGGAGAACCAAGCCCUUAGGGAGGAGAACCAAGCUCUGAGGGAGGAGAACCAAGCUCUGAGGGAGGAGAACCAAGCUCUGAGGGAAAGCACUGCACGAGCAGCUUCGGAUGACAGCGGCUCACUUCAAGAGCAGGUGAAGCAAGUUGGGACAAUGUUGAAGACGUUUGCUCGCACUGGGCAAUCAGGUGCAGAUCAGACCUUAAUGCUGCAACGUCUUGGAGAGUUUGGCGUGAAGGCGGAAAAAGGCGCCGCACAGCUGAGAGGGACCCACAGCCGACCCCUUAAACCUAGGCUGACUACUGACAUCCCAGCAUCACUGACAACUGGAACCCUUUCUUUAUCCUGCAGUCAGUAACAUCAAGACCCCUAAAGAAGCCAGAAGUGUCAGACUGCACUCCCCAAUCCACACUGUUCACUGUGGAUAUUAUCAUAGUGCUUAACUUAUUAUAUUGUUAAAUAUAGCUUGUAAAUCCUUGUGCCACAGGUCAGCAUUGCAGUUAUAUCUGUUCUACUACUUUUUUUACCUCAGUAUUUUUUAUAUAUAUUUGAAGAUGUUUAUCACAGAUACAAGAGACAUCUUGUACCCCAGGUCAGCAAUGCCAUUAUAAUGGUCUAUUCUACUCCAGAGCUUUAUUCUAAAUUAUUACCACUUAUCUUAUUGUUAGAAAUGGCUUGUAAAUGUGAUGUUAUACCUGAAUUUUUUUUGGUGUCCUGCACAUUCUUUGGUACCAGAUAUACUCAUUACUUAUGUUUACUGGUAAUUCUUUUCAUGCCAGAGCUGACCUCUUUAUAUUAUUAACAAUUAUUGUAAGUGUUAUAAUUUGCUUGUAAGCUAAGGCUGUUUUUUUUUUUUU